AGAAUAAUUCUUCAUACUAAAUCAUCUAUAAAUACAUCUUUUCUCCUGCUAUAAUUUCUCAUCCCAAUCAUAUUAAUUACACAAGUUUGCUAUAUACAUAUACAUUAAAAGAUAUGAAAGGAACUAGUUUUCUUCUCACUCUGGCUAUAUUGGCUUUAGCAAUCUCUUUUGCUUCUGCCUAUGAUCCAAGCCCUCUCCAAGACUUUUGCGUAGCAAUAGAUGAUCCAGCCAAAGCUUUGUUUGUGAAUGGAAAAUUUUGCAAGAACCCAAAGCUGGCGAAUGCAGAUGAUUUCUUCUUAGCAGGGCUGAACAUUCCUGGGAAUACUAACAAUCCAGUUGGGUCAAGUGUGAAUGCUGUGGACGUGACCAAAAUUCCAGGACUCAACACUCUUGGAAUAUCAUUCGUUCGUAUUGACUACGCACCGUACGGCCAAAAUGCACCUCACACUCAUCCACGUGGCACAGAAAUUCUUACUGUAGUUGAGGGAACACUUUAUGUGGGUUUUGUUACGUCCAACCAAGAUGGAAACAGACUUAUUAGUAAGGUUCUAAACAAGGGAGAUGUGUUUGUUUUCCCAAUUGGAUUGAUUCAUUUUCAGGCCAAUAUAGGACACAUUCCAGCUGUGGCAUUUGCUGCACUUAGUAGCCAAAACGCUGGAACUAUUACCAUUGCUAACGCCGUGUUUGGAUCAACCCCACCUAUUAAUCCUGAUGUUCUUGCACAGGCCUUCAAAUUGGAAAAGAAUAUUGUUGAAUAUCUUCAGAAACAGUUCUGAUCCUCGAUCAUCCAUAUUACUACAAAUUAAUUAAUGUUUUAAAUUAAAUAUAUAUAUUAUCGUCACUUCUUAGUUUUCAAUGUGAUAAAUAAAAAUGGUCAUCAUCAUAUGUGCGUGUGUGAUGAUCUCAUCAUACAUUUCAAUUACGUACUCUUUAAUUUGUGUUAUUAUGGGAAUAAAGUAUAUUCUGUUUGAAAAGUUUGCUUAAAUUUA